AUGGAUAAUUGGAGACGAAAAUCGGCUCAAACUGUUUCAACAACAAGAGAUCCAAGUGCUGAAUUAUUUAUUGUAGUAGUAGUUCUCGUUUGGUUGCUCAUUUUGUUGUUUCCACGACAAACAACGAAUCAAGAAAUGCAAUUAAUCACCAUUUUAUUCUUCCUCAUGGCAUUUUGCUCGUAAGUUUUCUUAUUUUUGAAACAUUCAUGAAAUUUGGAGCAUUUUUGAACUGAAAUAUGGCUAAAACAUAGUUUUUUCAUAAUAUGAGCAAUGUUUAGAGUCGAAAAUAGCAAUUUUUAAAAUGAAUCUAUAAUCUGAGCAAUGCCUGAAACUCACAAUUUUUGCUCAAAAAUAAAACAUUUUAUUAUCGAAAAUCUCAUCGGUACCACGCGCUCCACCGAAAUAAACACGCAACGCAGACCGCGUCGCGCCACAACACACACAAAAAAGGGAGGGAAUUUGAAUCGUUAUCUUAUCUGUGUGUGUUGUGGCGCGGCGCGGUCUGCGUUGCGUGUUUAUUUCGGUGGAGCGCGUGGUACCGAUGAGAUUUUCGAUAAUACGGUUAAAUUGGAAUUUCCGCAAAAAACCCAACGAAGGCUCAAAAAAUCGAGGCAUUGCUCAUAUUACUCGAAAAAUCCAUUUUCGCGCUGAAAAUAUGAGAUUUACACUCAAAAAAUCGCAAAUUUUAAGCAAAAUCUCAAAAUUUUGCAGAAAUCCUCGAAAUACCCGACAAAUGUCUCGUCGUCAACUCGAUCUCGUUGAGGAAAUAAUUUCUCUUAUGAUAAUGAUUGUACAAAUGCUUCUGAUUGAAAGAAAUCAGCAACAAACACUUGCUAUUGAACAAUAA